AUGUACUAUCCAUACGGUGGGGCCCAACAGCCACAACAGCCGCAGCCGCCAGGGCAAUCCACACCGCAAUAUCAUCCACAGCAGCAACAGUCACCGCCACCAACGAUGUUUGGGCAAAUGCCAGGGCCCUCCCCAUCGUGGAAUGAGUAUGGAAACCAACAAUAUACUCCUGCUAUUCCUCUUAGUACAACUACUACAACUACUAGUAAUACUAAUGCUAAUACGGCAGGAGCUGGUGUAUACCAAGAUCCGUAUACUUCUGCUGCUGGGGUGAAUGGAUUACAUGACUAUAAUAGUACUUACUACCAAACUUCUAACCAACCACAACAGCAAUCUUAUCAUAAUUAUCAACAACCACCACCACAACAGCAGCAGCAGCAGCAGCAACCACUACCACCACAACAACAGAUGCAAGGAAUGCAAACACAAUCACCACAGUCAGCUGCGGUUCCUUCCCCAAUGCCACAUGUAGGAGGACCUCCUUUGAUGGCUUCUAAUUUACCACAACGGGGGGCGCCUAUUCCUUCCACAGAUCCGGUUCAGCAGAACCGUCAACCCCUUACACCUACCACGGAUGCUUUUAGCAAUACUUAUAAUAAUAAUAAUAAUAAUAAUUCAACAAGUCAACGUGAUCGAUGUGUGACACCUAUUGGAAAGUAUGCACGAAUACCACCUAAACGUCAAGUUGAUCUUAAAAGUGCACCAAAUCCCCGUCGGGAUAUUUCGCAGAAACCAGAAGAACAUGAAUAUCGUACAUCCUCUGGACAAAUGCCAAUGAGUGUUUUUGAUUUUGUUGCCAUUGAUGAUGGUAAUGCGAGUGCCAAAUUCUUCCGUCCAACAACCUGUUCCAUCCCAUCAGAGGAACGACUUGUAAAAGACAGUAAAGUCUCCUUUGGGGCUGUACUCGCCCCUCUCUGUCGUCCAUUACAUCCAAGUGAAGAAGUUCCUAUUGUGGAAGGCCGUCCACCUGCGCGGUGUCAUCGUUGUCGUGGGUAUAUUUCUUGCCAUGCACGGUUUACAGAUAUGGGUCGUUAUUGGGUGUGUCCACUCUGUUCCAUGUCUAAUGAAGUGGAAGAGGCCUAUUUUUGUAAUUUGGAUGCUCGUAAUAAUCGUUUGGAUCGUGCAGAAAAACCAGAAUUGGCUCGUGGAAGUGUAGAAUAUGAUGUUGGUCCAUAUGAUGAAUAUUCACUUCGAGAUGAAAAGGAAAAUCCUAUUCCUAUGAGACCAUUACAUUAUUUAUUUUUAAUAGAUGUCUCUCAAAAGGCAGCAACAACUUUCUUAUCUGAUUAUGUGGAUGCCUUAUUAAAAUCUUUACAUGAAAUGGCACAACAAUAUCCACAAUGUCGUGUGGCUUUUAUUACUUAUGCCUCUACUUUACAUUUCUAUAAUGUACGUCAUCCUCGUAUUCCACAAUUAAUUGUUGCCGAUGUGGAUAAUCCAUUUGUACCUUUACCCUUUACAAGUCUUUGUUGGUUAACGCUUGGGACCGAUUUAGAUCUUGUGGAUGCCUUUCUCAUGCGAGUACCGGAGUAUGCAGAUGAUUUACGAGAAACCGAUAGUGCGUUAGGGGCGGCUGUACAAGUGGCCAUGUUAGUAUUAGCCGGACAACACGGUGGUCAUGUGGUGGUGAGUGCACAUAAAGCUCCACAGUGUGGAAUUGGAGCCAUUAAGUUAAGAGAACAACACACUUUAUAUGGAACAGAUAAAGAAAAGGAACUCCUUCGUCCGAUUGAAGGAUUUUGGAAAACUACGGCUACUACAUGUGCAAAACAACAAAUUUCUUUUGAUCUUCACAUGUUUGCAGAUCAAUAUUGUGAAUUAGUAACCCUUUCACAACCUUGUCAUCUCUCUAAUGGUCGGGUACAUUUAUUUCCAAACUAUGAUCGGGAAACGGAUGCUACUAAAGUUCAAGCUGUAUUGGAUCAAGUCUUAUUAGAAGAAGCGGGUUAUGCUGGUAUAUUACGGGUUCGAUGUAGUACGGGAUUACGUGUACAAGGUUAUCAUGGUCAUUUUCUUUCACAAGAUUCACAUGAUAUGGAUCUUGCUCAUGUACAAGGUUCUUCUACUUUUUUUGUAGAGUUUGCACAUGAAGGAAAAUUGGAAAAAAAUUCACAUGCAUUUUUUCAAACAGCACUUCUUUACACCACACGUGGAGGUCAAAGACGUGUUCGUGUGCAUUCAGUUCGAAUGCCUGUAGUGACAACUCUAUUAGCGGUAUUUGAUGCGGAUCUGGAAGCCACACUUGUAGGAUAUAUUCACGAAGCCGUAGGGAAUGCAGUGAAUAAAGGAUUACAAUAUGCACGAAAUGCAGCACAGGAACGUGUAUUGAAAAUGCUUAUUGCCUAUCGUCGUGUUUGUACAUCUAAUAGUAGUACUUCAUUAUUAAUGCCAUCUCGUUUACGACUUCUUCCACUUUAUGUACUUUCAUUAUUAAAAGCAGAUGCCUUAGUAGAAGGAACAACAGUUCGUAUUGAUGAUCGAGUACAAAAGUUAUUUCAUCUCAUGACUAUUCCUAUGCAUCAAUGUUUAAUGUAUUUAUAUCCCACUCUUUAUGCAGUUCAUUUAUUACCAUCGGAUGCUAAUAGUGGUACAUUAGAUCCAACUACUGGACGUUGUAUUAUGCCAGGAUGGCGUCAAUUAUUUUAUGAAAGUAUUACCAGUGAUGGAGUUUAUGUGUUGUGUGAUGAACAGGCACGAUUGGUGUAUCUCUGGGUUGGAUCUCAAGUCUCUCCACAAAUAUCUAAAGAAUUAUUUGGAACAGAGAUUGCCGCGGAAGUGGGCCGUACGGUAUUCUUUGACGGCUUUGGAGAGAAACUCCGUAAUGUCUUGUGGGCCUGUCUUUUACGAGAUGAUGGGAUGCGGCGGCUUAUCAUUCUACACGAGAAGGACCGUGCGGAAGAUGCCUUCUUUAGACAAUUGAAGGAAGAGAAUGAGGGAGGAGUGAUGGGAUAUGAUCAAUUCCUUGUGCGUCUACACAAGGAUGUGAAUAAGGCACUCGCAUAG